AUGAGGACCGCCUGCCUCUCCUUGAUUCUGGUCACUGCUUGCUGGGCUCUACCCUUCCAGCAAACCGGCUUCCUAGACUUCAUGAUGGAGGAUGACGCUGGAUCAGGCGUGGCGCCCAGGAUCGAGACAGAAGUGCCCUUCGGUGAGCCUGUAGGACCAAAGUGCCCAUUCAGAUGCCAGUGUCACCUACGUGUGAUCCAGUGCUCUGACCUUGGUCUGAAGGAAGUACCUGCUGACAUCCCUGACGAUGCCUCUUUGCUGGACCUGCAGAACAACAAGAUCACUGAGAUCAAGGAGAAUGACUUCAAGAACCUUAAAGGAUUACACGCUCUGAUCCUUGUGAACAACAAGAUCACCACAAUCCACCCUAAGGCGCUCAGCCCUCUGACCAAGCUGCAGCGCCUCUACCUGUCCAAGAACAUGCUAAAGGACAUGCCCGCCAACAUGCCCAAGAGCCUGCAGGAGCUCCGCAUCCAUGAGAAUGAUAUCACCAAGAUCAAAAAGGCCUCCUUCCAGGGCAUGUCCCAAGUCAUUGUGAUGGAGCUUGGCUCCAACCCUCUGAAGAGCGCAGGAGUUGAGGCUGGUGCUUUCGCUGACCUGAAAAAGGUCUCUUACAUUCGAAUUGCAGACACUAACCUAUCAGAGAUACCCAAAGGUCUGCCUAGCUCUCUGUCUGAGCUUCACUUGGAUGGAAACAAGAUCACCAAGGUGACAUCCAGCAGCCUGAAAGGCCUGAAGCAUCUGGCCAAGCUCGGUCUGAGCUCCAAUGAGAUCAGCACUGUGGAAAACGGCAGUCUAGCUAAUGUACCGCAUCUGAGAGAGCUGCACCUCGACAACAACGCUCUGACCAGCGUUCCUCCUGGCCUGCCGGACCAUAAAUACAUCCAGGUGGUCUACCUCCAUGCCAACAAGAUUGCUGCUGUGGGAACGGAAGACUUCUGCCCCCCUGGCUUCAACGCCAAAAAGGCCAUGUACUCCGGCAUCAGCCUGUUCAGCAACCCCGUACCUUACUGGGAAAUCCAGCCGAUCACCUUCCGCUGCGCCUUUGACCGCUCCGCUAUCCAGCUCGGAAAUUACAGGAAGAAGUAGAGCCCGAGCUCCUCUGCGAGAAAGAAUGUGUUUAUAGAUGAGAGCAUGAACGUUUUGUAAAGUGUGUGUUAGACCAUAACCCCACAACACUGAUUCUCACCACUUCUCUUUUCCACCGUACAAAUUACGAUGGUAUUAAUCUACACUCCACUUUUCAAGGCUCUAGGCAGAUUUGGACCUGGAACACAACAUUUCUCUCAGUAUUUAGCUUCAAGGACUGUGCAGGGGUUAUACACACAGCUUAUUGUAAACACUAGCACAUUAUGGUGGCACUCACACACACAACAUAUUCACGGAACCAGCUAAGCAUCGCAUUUCUUAGUUUUUAUGGUUUUUUGUUCAUACAUGCUUAAACAGAUUCAUUUGCAUAACGUGUUAAUUAAUUCAGUGGACCAAGACAGAGAUGAACCCGAACCAAAAAGACACCUCACUCAGUGGAGCAACGUCACAAAUCCCAGUCAGUUCAACUAGUUCAACCUUUAUCCGUGAUAACGUAGCUCGCCUGCAGAGCAGGCAGCAAGAGUAACCUGUGUUUUAACUCACCAUUAACGGCUGAUUUUCCGGUAUGUGUUAGAUACUUCUUGUGUAAUAGGAAUGGCUUUAAGAGUGUAACAUCAACAAGCUGCACAGAAGUCCAGUUUUUGUUUGUAUUGUAUUAACUUCAAAUAGAGAUAAAAGCAACAAUGUCUUGCUCCACAUUGUGAUUUCUUUUGCUUAUAGCAGUGAUGUUUUAGGUUUUUUUUUUCAUUCUCUUCAUCAUAUUCCACCCUCUGUGUCUCUCCCUUGUGUUUUCCUUUAAAAAAAAAAAGACAAAAUAGCUUCAGAGAAUUCAGAAUAAAUAACAGAAGCCACUUCCAAAGAUUAUAUGCAUGAUCUUAAAUUUUACUUUUCAACUUGAACCAAGUGCUUUUGAGUUCCUUUGUUAAUGCGCUUAUGUAUUUCUCUCUUUAUUUUUUGUUAAUUUGUCCUUCCUCUCUUUAUCAGUCAUGAAAAAAAUGGAGGGUGUGUCCAAAGCACCCGUGUUGGUGUGAAUGUUGUAUGUAUAGACGCUGUAUAUAAAAUGUUGUAUAAAAACCUCUCAAUGCUUAAAGGCACAAGGCACUUACCUUAGCUCAGACUUAAUAUAUCAGCAGGAAAGGUGUUUCUCUUUUUUUUCCCCGGAGCAGGGGCUCCAGCUAAGGUGUCCUGAAUAAAAUAAAAGUACUAAUAAAAAAAAGUA